AUGAACGAUACCAAACGCACAUGUCUGAUUCACAAAGGCUCUAGACACACCAUCAAUCAAUGUAAAGCGUUUAAACACAAGAACUUACAAGAGCGGAAGAAGAUAUUACGUGAUCAUAAUUUCUGUUUACGGUGUUGUGAUACGUCAGAUCAUUUUGCAAAAAACUGUCAUGCAAAGAUUGAAUGUGACUUAUGCAAAUCAACCACACACAGCUCAGCUCUUCACGUUGAAAACCAUAACUACCAAAAUGAGGAUGCUAACAAUUCCGAGAGAAAGCAUGGCGAGGAGGUUGUCAGGGCGCGAUGUACAGACAUCUGUGGAGUACCUAAUUUCACAGGUAAAUCUUGUGCAAGGAUUGUCCCAGUACGUAUAUAUCCUCACAAUCAACCAGAGAAUGCAGUCCUUUCCUAUGCGAUGCUUGAUGAUCAGAGCAACCGUACUCUAGGAAAAAGCUCGUUGUUCGAUCACUUCUCUAUUAACUUUUUACCGACGGAAUAUACCAUGGAAUCAUGCGCAGGAAAGUUGACAACUACUGGAAGAAUCGUCGUAGGUUUGAUAGUUGAAGGCAUUUAUGACAAAGUUCAACUACAGUUACCUCCUGUUUUGGAAUGUCGUGACUUACCUGAAGCUCACCACGUCAUCGAACAGAGGAUAGGCCCACCACGAUCACCCUUUGCACAAAGAUCGCCGUUAGGGUGGACUAUCAUCGGAAAAGUGUGCUUAUCAGGUCAACACCGUCCGUCAUCAGUUGCUACAUAUAGAACUUGUAUCACUAGGAAUGGUAGACCAACAGGCUUAGAACCAUGUGAACAGGUGGUUUGCAUUAGAAAAGCCUCAGUGUUUAAAAAAAAAAAACACAACCCCACACAAACAACGUUGAAUGUGUUCGAAACCACUACUCGGGACAACAAACCAGGACUUUCUAUUGAAGAUCGUCAGUUUUCGAAUAUCAUGGACAGUGAAUUCCAAAUAAGCGAGGAAGGAAAAUGGAUUGCACCAUUACCAUUCCGUGAGCCACAUGAUCACAUGCCAGACAAUUACAAACUUGCUUUGCAUCGUGCCAAGUCGUUAGAUGCAUCACUGCAUAAAAAUAAAACCAAGAAACAACAUUUUCUGGACUUCAUGCAGAAAUUAUUUGACAAUAACCACAUUGAGAUAGCACGUUAUCUUCCGCCAGAAAGAGAGCGUUGGUACCUCCCACUCUUCGGGGUCUACCACCCUCGUAAGCCUGAGCAGAUUCGUGGAGUGUUUGACUCCUCAGCCAAACAUAUGAAUGUCUCGUUAAACGACCAGCUUCUCCAAGGUCCAGACCUUAUCAACAACCUUUUAGGUGUACUCAUUCGAUUCAGGAAGGAAAUGGUCGACGUAGUCGCAGAUGUUCAACAAAUGUUUCAUUCAUUUCUAGUACGAGAAGAUCACCGCGACUUCCGGAGAUUUCUCUGGCACGAAGACAAUUUGAUAGAAAAUCCCCUUGUCACUUACCGUAUGCGUGCACACGUUUUUGGCAACAAGUCUUCACCAUCUAUUGCUAUGUAUGGGUUACGGAGAAUUGGCGACUUGGCUGCCAAAACCCAUGGUGACGACAUCAAAGAGUUUAUCAAAAAUGACUUUUAUGUUGAUGACGGGCUCAGGUCUUGUCCUUCAAGCCAAGAAGCUAUUAACUUGAUCAGCAAAACCCAAGAUGCCAUGAAAAUGCAUGGAGGCCUACGUCUACAUAAGUUCGCUUCCAACAGCAAAGCUGUAAUGGACGCUUUCGAACCUGGAGAUCUAGCUAAAGGUAUCGUCGAUAUGGAUUUUGAAAAGGACACACCCACCCAACGAAGCUUGGGCUUGCUAUGGGAUCUAGGAUCGGACUUUUUUAAGUUUAGCAUCUCAACCGAAACUAAAACUACAACACGUAGAGGGAUCCUUUCUGUGAUCAAUAGUCUGUAUGAUCCUUUGGGAUUUAUCUCCCCGGUCACUUUGAACGGCAAACUAAUUCUCCGAAAGAUCGUAGCUUCCACAUGCGAUUGGGACGAUCCUUUACCUGAUGAUUUGCUCACCGAAUGGAACGCUUGGAGUCGUACACUAUCCAAACAAGAGGAUUUGCGUCUGCCUCGUGUCAUUGUACCAAAUCUCACUGCCUCGUGUCAUUGGAAAGCCAAGCCCGCUUCAUCAAGUUGUACUACCAUUCCUAGAAUAGAACUUUGCUCUGCAGUGUUAGCAGUAGAAAUAUCACAGAAUGUAGUCGACCAUUUCCAGACUAACUUACACAACAUUCAGUUCUUCAGUGACAGCAAAGUUACCUUGGGUUAUAUCCACAACAACACUAAGAGAUUUUAUGUAUAUGUUGCCAAUCGCGUUGCUAAGAUCCGCAGCUAUACGGAACCUUCUCAAUGGAAAUACAUUCGUUCAGAGAUGAAUCCAGCAGAUAUUGGAACCAGGGGGAUUCAGCCUAGCAAUCUUCAAGCAAGUGCUUGGUUACUCGGUCCAGCAGAUGAUGGCGAUUUACAUCGUUCUCCAAAUACGUUCGAUUAUAACCUAGUGCAACCAGAAGAUGUGGAGAUUCGUUCUCACAAAACUGAAGUUAAAGAAUUUGUACCAAGUGAAGGUCUUGGUUCAAAAGUGUUUGAGAAAUUUUUUGAUUGGAAUAGACUGAUUACUGUGUUGGCCGCAUUUCGUCGAAAGAUUCAGCAUUACAUCAGUUUGAAACGUCAAAAUAGUUCAAGAUGUAUGAGUGCUGUUGAAUUGCUACUUAAAACGGAACAUCAUGUCAUCAGAGAAGUCCAGUCAGUAACGUACUCGGAUGAGAUACGCUUGCUCAAGAACUCAAAACCUUUGAAUAGGUGUAGCCUUAUCGCGAGCCUUGAUCCAUUCAUUGAUGACCAGGGUCUUCUCAGAGUUGGCGAACGAUUAACAAAUCUGGGUUCCGACCUCUCCCUCAAAGCUCCUAUCAUCUUACCUGCCAAGCAUCAUAUCACUUUGCUCAUUGCUCGUAAAUGCACGAAGAGAUUCGUCAUCAGGGCAGACAUCUCACAGAAGGCCAUAUUCGUUCUGCUGGGUUUUGGAUCAGGAACUAACUUUGUAGGGACAGCAAAUGAGUUGAAGAUUAAUGUUGUCAAUGUAGAAGAUGGUCCAAUUCAUGAUUUCUUACUUCAGCAUCGUAUUUCUUGGAUCUUCAACCCCUCACAUUCCUCACACAUGGGAGGAGUGUGGGAAAGGAUGAUUGCUGCGACCCGCCGUAUAUUAGAAGCUAUGCUCCUACAACACAAAUCCUGUCUUACUCACGAGGUGCUCUCAACAUUCCUUGCUGAAGUUAGUCAUAUCAUUAACUCAAGGCCAUUAGUCUCCGUGUCAACAGACCCCAACAAUCCAAUGAUCCUCACUCCGUCAACUCUACUUGCACAAAAACUCGGAUUUGAAAAUCGUAUUUUAUUGGAUGUCGACAAAUUCGAUCGCAAUGACUUGCUUCGUAAGCAUUGGAAAAGAGCCCAGAAUCUUGCCGCCAUAUUUUUGAAGCCUUACAAGGUUGAAUAUCUAAAUACCCUACAAGACAGCCGAAAAUGGACUGGGACCGAAAAAAAACGUUUGUGUUGGUGA